CUUACCCCACACUUGUAGCCCGCCGUUAUAUUGACUCCGCUUCUAUUCUUCACCCGUCUUUUUUUUCUCUCCCUUACUACCACCACCACCACCACCUUUUCCUGCAGAUUUUUUUACUUCAUGGCUGCCCGCCUGCUCGUCAAGGCUCAGCUUACCCUUCGCGUUCUCAAGUCUAGCCCUUCCGCGAUACGAUGGGCGAGCACCGCGACGAAAAGUCCCAGGACUCUUCCGGCCUUUUCCAUGGAGGGAAAAGUCUGCAUGGUCACUGGUGCAGCUCGCGGGUUGGGCUAUGAGUUCUGCCGCGCCUUCGUGCAGUCGGGCUGUACAUCCGUCGCGAUUGUCGAUUUGAAGGCAUCCGAGGCUAAGGGUGCUGCCGAAGAGCUUGCUACAUAUGCUUGUGGUUCCGGUGACGUGAAGCCAGAGGACCUCAAGAUUAUCGGUGUCGAGUGUGAUGUCUCAUCUGAAAUUUCCGUCCAGAAGGCUUUCUCCGAGGUAAUGAAUACCUUUGGUCGGCUAGAUUCCGUAGUCGCCUCGGCAGGAAUUGUUGAGAAUUACUCUGCUUUCGAUUACCCAUUUGAUCGUAUAAAGCGCUUGUACGAUAUCAAUGUCCACGGAGCUUUCUUUACGGCGCGUGAAGCGGCUCGCAAUAUGAUCCCACAGGGCGGAGGGUCCAUCGUUCUCGUGGCCAGUAUGAGUGCAAAUAUUGUCAACAUCCCCCAGCCGCAAACGCCGUACAAUGCGUCCAAAGCUGCUGUCAAACAUAUGACCUCGAGUCUGGCUGUUGAAUGGGCUAAGAAGAACGUAAGGGUUAACUGUCUUAGUCCCGGAUACAUGGCCACCAAGCUGACGCGGACCAUUCUGGAACAUGACCAAGCCUUGAAGAAAACCUGGGAAAGCUUGACACCAAUGGGCCGGAUUGGAGACCCCGAUGAUCUUUCGGGUGCAAUUGUCUAUUUGUCUAGCGACGCGUCAAGGUUUAUGACCGGCUCCGAAGUCCGCGUAGAUGGCGGAUACUGCAUCAUUUAGGGUAAUUUUUUUGGAUAUAUACGAAUCAGACAAGCAUACGGUCAUCGAACUUUUUCAACGAACAUUAGAGGUAUACAUACUACUGGGCGUCAUUUCCUUAUCUUUCUUUAUUAUUCCGGGUACUGCGUCAUUCUUAAUCUGUAUUUUUGGUUUUCUACUUUUUGUUUUUUUGAGGUAUACAUGGGGGUUUCCACCG